AUGCCUAUGAUCGCGUGCCCCUUCCCUCACAUGACGCAGCACUGGGACGUGCCCCUGCCCGAGGAGCUCCCAACACCCAAGGAAUGGAAAGACGCUGGUUAUCCCGAGGGCAUCCCCUUCGACCUCCAGGAGCUGAAGGACACGUGCAAGGAACGGAACAUACCCUACGACGAACGCAGGGACGAGGAGAUGUCCCUCCGAGAGAGGAUCCUCCAAGACAUGAUCAGGCGCUACGCGCAGAUCGACGGCGUGCGCUACACGAAGAAAGACAAGAAAGACAAACCGAAAUGAGCGCGAUGCUCGCGCAGCGCCGCCGCGCCGCCGCCGCGAAGGCCGCCGCGCUCGCGGUCAAGGCCGGCGCGAGCGCCUACGCCGUGUCGGAGAAGGGCGGCGGCCUGACGUACGGCGAGGUCGACGCCGAGGACCUGCUCAAGUGCGUCAACACGUUCUGCGCGCCGCUCCCGGACGGCGGCUUCUGGGACCUCGGCUCCGGCGCGGGCAGCGCGGCGCUCGCGGCCGCGCACGCCUUCGACGCGUUCGCCGCGGGCAGCGGCGGCGUCGAGCUGCAGCCCCGGCUCCACGGCCUCGCGGUCGAGGCCAGGGGGCGGCUCGCCGCGUGGGCCGGCGCCGACGCCGCGGGCGUGCUGGACGCGGCCCUCGCCGCCGCCGCCGCCGCCGCCGCCGCGGGCGCGGCGCUCGAUCCCGACGCGACCGAGGCCGCGGUCGCGGCGAUCCUGGGCCGCAGGGGCCUGAGGCACGCGCUCGCGGGCGUCGCCGCGACGUCGCUCGAGGGCUACGUCUCCGCGAAGGCGCCGUUCGCCCGCGGCGCCUUCCGCGCGGAGGCCGGCGCGUGGACGCGCCUGGACGGCGCCGCGGACGCGGACGCGGCGCGCGCGGACGCGCGCGGCCGGCAGGCCCGGCGGGCGCUGGACGAGCUGCGCGCGGGCGAAGAGCCGGCCGUCGAGUUCGUCGAGGGCGACCUGUUCGGCGCGGCGGCGGUCGCGCGGUGGCGCGGCGCGGCCGUCGUCCUGGCGAACGUGCUGCUGUUCGGCGCCGCCGACAAGGCGCGGCUCGCGGCGCUCCUCGGGGAGGCGCUGCGCCCGGGCGCCUGGGUGCUCUCGACGGCGCCGCUCGCCGACGCGCGGCUCGCGCGGCGCCAGGAGGGCGUCCACGUGAAGACGUCCUGGACGGGCGGCGCGAAGGUCGACGUGUAUCAGGUCGUAGGAGCACCCUAAUUCUCCAUCCAUCCCCAAGGUGCUAGCCCCAAAACCGAGUAACAGCUACUACCCUAUAGACCUAGCGCGCGCUUCUACGACCGGCAGCAAGCCUACGUACACGCUCGCGGGGGAUAGCUCCCCCGACACCCCUCCCUAGGCGCGUGCCCCAAAACCCGAAUUGACUGCAGCUAUUUCAUAGAGCUAGGAGCCAGUCUGAGGAGAUACCGUCCCCGGGGCGCGGCUUCAAGGGCUCCCGCGCGAAGGAAGGAACAAUGAGAGAGAGAGAGAUGGGGCUAGCGCCUGUACUUCAGGUAAGACACUAGGGAUGCCUACCCGCAAAAGAGCAUGGGGAUGCGAGGGCGGCACAGUGACCUGUUGCUGAGCAUCGGCCUCCCCAGCGCUCGCCGUUUUCGAAUUCGAAGCGUUUGACAGCAGGCGUGAAAGAAGAAAAAAGUGCUAGCACGGCAUGGCGGCGCCGCCCUCGCUCGCGGCGCGGCGCGCGCACGACCGCGUGGCGCAGGACGCCGGCCUCGCCGAGGAGCUGGCCACGGAGCUGGCCCGCGCGCUGCAGCUGCCGGGCACGAACCGCACGCUGGGCCGGACCUUCGUGCGCUACGGCCUCGCCGCGCUCAAGGAGCCGACGGAGGAGCGGGCGGAGCAGGCGUUCCUGGCCAAGGCCAAGUCCCUGGCGUCGAUCCGCCCGGAGCUCGCGUCGCAGCUCCUGCACCGCGUCCGCGAGCGGCUCCGGAACGCGACGCUGCAGCUCGCGGCCGAGCGCGACGAGGCCGCCGCCGCGGCCCGGGGCGGGGCCGGGGCGCCGAUCCUGGGCUUCUCGCGCGCGACGGCCGAGACGCUCCGGAGCACGGCCUCGAACAAGGCCGGCGGCCUCGUCCAGGGCGCCCGGCCGACGUUCCGCCGGCCCGCCGCGCCCGCGCUGGGCCUGCAGGCGCUCGCGCAGGCGAAGCGCGCGGCGAAGGCCGAGCGGGACGGCGGGGCCGCGCCGGCGGCGGCGCGGCCGCGGCGGUCGGGCCUCGGCGUCGACGCGGAGGCGUGGGAGCGGCCCGUGCGCCUCGACUCGGCGCAGACCACGGCGCACGAGACGUUCUGGGGCCGCGCGGCGGCCGCGGCGGCGCCGGACGCGGCGCCGGACGCGGAGCGGCCGCCGCCGCCGCCGACGCCGCCGCCCGAGAGCUGGCGCGACCACGCGUCGAGCGGCGAGGAGGAGGAAGCCGACGGCGACGCCGCCGGGUCCGAGACGCAUGAUAGGCCCCGGCGCCGGCGGGAGGAGGCCGACGCGGAUUUUGAUAGGCGCUACUACGACGACGACGACGGCGCGGCCGCCGACGAGGCCUUCGUGGGCGACCGGGAGAAGUGGCAGGCGCGCGAGCAGGAGAUGGCCCGGGCCCGGGCCAAGGGCGAGGGCGCGGAGAAGCUCGCGGGCAUGAGCGCGCGGCGGUCGCAGCUGCACCAGGACCAGGCGGCGUGGGAGGAGAACCGGCUCGUGACGUCGGGCGUCGCGGCGGAGCGCGAGGCCGAGCUGACCUUCGAUGACGACGGGGCCCAGCGCGUGACGCUGCUCGUGCACCAGCUCCGGCCGCCGUUCCUCGACGGGCGCGUCCAGUUCACGGUGCAGAGCGACGUCGUGCCGACGGUCAAGGACCCGACGAGCGACAUGGCGACGAACGCGCGGAACGGGUCGGCCCUGCUGCGGCAGAUGCGCGAGGCGCGCGACCGGCAGAAGAUGCGCCACCGGUUCUGGGAGCUCGGGGGCUCGCGCAUGGGCAAGGCGCUGGGGGUUGAUGAUGAGAAGAAGGAGGACGACGCGGCGCCGCAGGAAAAAGAAGAAGAGACCUUCGACUACCGGGAGUCGUCGUCCUACGCGAAGAACGUGAGCGAGGGCAGCUCGCUCGCGACGAACGCGAGGGCGUCGGAGUUCACGGCGCGCAAGUCGGUAGCGGAGCAGCGGCGCGCGCUGCCGGCCUUCUCCGUGCGCGACGACGUCCUGACCGUGGUCAGGGACAACCAGGUCGUGAUCGUGGUCGGCGAGACCGGAAGCGGCAAGACGACGCAGCUCACGCAGUACGUGAGAGAGGACGGCUUCUGCGAGGACGGCUGUGUGGCGUGCACGCAGCCGAGAAGGGUCGCGGCGAUGAGCGUCGCGGCGCGCGUCGCGCAGGAGGUCGGCUGCGAGCUGGGCGACGAGGUCGGCUACGCGAUUAGAUUUGAAGACGUCACGUCCGACAAAACCCAAAUCAAGUACAUGACCGACGGCGUGCUGCUGAGGGAGUCGCUGCGGGACCCGGACCUCGAAAAGUAUAGUGUGGUGAUCAUGGACGAGGCGCACGAGCGGUCGUUGCAUACAGAUGUACUAUUUGGGCUCCUGAAGGGCGUAUUAUCGCGGCGGCGCGACCUGCGGCUGGUCGUGACGUCGGCGACGCUGAACGCCGAGAAAUUCUCCAGUUUCUUCGGCGGCGCCGCGCCAAUCUUCCGCAUUCCGGGCCGGACGUUCCCGGUCGAGAAGUACUUCGCGAAGUCGCCCUGCGAGGACCACGUCGACGGGGCGGUGAAGCAGGCCCUGGCCAUCCAUUUGUCCUACCCGCCGGGCGACAUCCUCGUGUUCAUGACGGGCCAGGAGGACGUCGAGGCGACUUGUGCUGCCAUAGCGGAGCGCUUAGGUACACUAGGAGACGGCGUGCCCCCCCUCCUCCUACUCCCCAUGUACUCGCAGCUGCCGGCGGACCUCCAGGCGAAGAUUUUUGAGUGUGCCGAGCAGAACCAGCGGAAGUGCGUCGUCUCCACGAACGUCGCGGAGACGUCGCUGACCGUCGACGGCAUUAAAUAUGUUGUGGAUUGUGGGUACUGCAAGCUCAAGGUCUACAACCCGCGCGUGGGCAUGGACGCGCUGCACGUGACGCCGGUGUCGCGCGCGAACGCGGGCCAGCGCGCGGGCCGCGCGGGCCGGACGGGGCCGGGCUUUUGUUAUCGCCUGUACACGGAGCGGCAGUUCCGGGACGAGCUGCUGGAGACGCAGGUGCCCGAGAUCCAGCGGACGAACUUGGGUAAUGUGGUCUUGCUGCUCAAGUCGCUCGGCGUCGAGAACCUGCUGGACUUCGCGUUCAUGGACGCGCCGCCCCAGGAGAACAUUCUGAACAGCAUGUACCAGCUCUGGGUGCUCGGGGCGCUCGAUAAUGGGGGGGGGCUGUCCGAGCUGGGCCGGAAGAUGGCCGAGUUCCCGCUCGACCCGCCGCUCGCGAAGAUGCUCCUCUUCGCCGAGGCCUUGGCGUGCACGUCCGAGGUGCUGACCGUCGUGUCCUGCCUGAGCGUGCCGGCCCUCUUCUUCCGGCCCAAGGACCGCGAGGCGGAGUCGGACGCCGCGCGCGAGAAGUUCUUCGUGCCCGAGUCGGACCACCUUACCCUGUUAAAUGUGUAUGAGCAGUGGGCGGCGCGGCGCUUCGACAAGGCCUGGUGCGACCGGCACUACGUGCACCACAAGGGCCUCCGGAAGGCGCGCGAGGUCCGCGGCCAGCUCGAGGACCUCAUGGACCAGCAGCGCGUCCCCGUGACGAGCUGCGGCGAGGGCGCCUGGGACGCGGUCCGCCGGGCGAUCUGCUCGGCCUACUUCUUCAACGCGGCCAAGCUCAGGGGCGUCGGCGAGUACGUGAACCUCCUGAGCGCGAUCCCGUGCCACCUGCACCCGUCGUCCGCGCUCUUCGGGCUGGGCUACACGCCGGACCACGUGAUCUACCACGAGCUGGUGCUGACGUCGCGGGAGUACAUGAAGUGCACGACGGCCGUCGACGGCGAGUGGCUCGCCGAGCUCGGGCCCAUGUUCUUCUCGGUGAAGCAGAGCUACGCGGACCGCGUCGCGAAGCGGAAGCGGGAGCGCACCGAGGCGGACGCGAUGGAGGCGGACUUCGAGGACGUCCGGCGGCUGCGCGACCUCGACGCGCGCCGCGAGGCGCGCGCCGCGGCGGCGACGCCGCGGCCGGGCACGCGCAUCUGCACGCCGGGCCUCGGCCGGCGGCCGCCGCGCGCGCGGCCGCCCGUGCCGCGGGGCGGCAAGUAA